AUUGCACAACUGACAAAAUGGCGGCGAUCAUGCCUCCGUCUGCUAGUGCAUAACACGUGGCUUAUGUCACAACGACUAGAAACUUUGAAAGAGAAACUAGAUAACCGGGUUGAAACGACAUGACAUCUAGUGCAUCAAGCUCCGAUGUUUUGAAGAAAUUUGCUCAAAAUGUCACAAUUUCGAGCACGAAAGAUAGAAUCGGCAUUCUGCAAGAUGUGUCCAGGUUGGCUGCGGAAACAGAUUUGCCGGAAGCAGCUGUCAAAGGGAUUUUUAAAUUCCUUGUGUUUGCACUUGGGAAGUAUCGAGAUGGGAGGUCACGGCAUGCAGUGCUCAACUUGAUUCAGGUUCUGGCCAAGAAAAGUCCUGAUGUGGUCCUCAAGAAUCUGCGAUCUGUUCUCAGUCCAACUGGAGAGGCAAUGAAAAAUACAGUCAUUCCAUGCCGGAGUUCUUCAGGAGAAGCUCUGAUGGGCCUGAGCUGGACAUGUGAAGCGCUGAGAGUAGUGAUGAAAUCCGAAAAGGGAAUCUCACAACAGGACCUGAAAGAAGUGGUCAGUGUCCAAGUGUUGCUGGUGUUUGGAGCUUUGGCUGAUAGAAACAAGGCCAUUGACAAAUCUGCUUACCGCAAGCUGCGCAGAGUUUGGAAAUGUGUCCCGGGAUCAGCUGAGCAGUAUGCACUGGCGCUGGAAAGUCUUGAAGUCUCCAUGCAUAAUGUUUGCACUGUGGCAUUGUUUUUGAAAUACCUGGUCGCAACCAAAGAUCAAACGGGCAUUGACAACCACAAGGGGAGGUUCCUGGAGGACUAUAUGAAAGUCGUGCUGGCAAGCCGGACCAAGCCCCCAGUUUACGUUCUGGAGUGUUGUCAGGAACUUCUACGUCAUGUGACCCACGGUGACUUCAAAGGUCAAAUUUUGCCAGCUACCCAGAAAUGCAUGCUACGUAGUCCUGAAAUAUGUCUCCAGACCAUGAGCUACAUGAUUGCUGGUGUGAAGCUCGAUCUCAGUCAGUACUCCCAGGAUCUGGCCAAGUUGUUGGGAACCCAGCUCAUCUCCAAGGAUGAGAGGAUGCGUCAGACGGCCCAGUCGGCCAUCAAGAACCUGGCCAGGCAGAUCAGUGACCCCGAGGCCGCCGAGAAACUCGUCACUCACUUCUUCGGUGUUCUCAAUGGGUCGGAGGGUAAGCUGACAGCAGCGGACCAGAAGCUGAGUGUGCUUCAUGGGGUUGGCAACCUCUUCUACAACACCGUCAGUGGCAGCACGUCGCUGCAGAACCUCAGCAUCACCGUCACGGAGUUCUUCCUCACCACCCUACAGCAGGAGGUGCACGAGGGCACCCUGGUCCAUGCCCUCGCCAUGCUGUCCUUGUGGUGUACCAAGUUCUACACAGUCGUCCCAGACAAACUCAUGCAGUGGUUCAAGAAGGGAAUAACACUGAAGACAACCACGUCGGCUGUGAGGAACGCCUACAUCCUGUGUAUGAACGCAUCCUUCCACGGUGAUACUCUGCAGAAAGCAAGUGAAGUGGUCCCGAUCCUCAUCCAGACAUUGGACAAGGCCCACAAGCAGCCAACCCAGUCACAGAUCGUCACCGAGGCUGUCUCCGCAGCCUGUCUUCUAGUCCGUCUCUCAUUGGUCGAUAUUGAGUCAGAAAGUAAACUUGGCACAUUUUGGACGACAGUUCUGGACAACAAGAAACAGCUGCUGGUGAACGAGAAGUUUCUGUCGGCCGCCACAGAUGAAACUCUGCAGAACCUUGUGACGCUGGCCGAGAGGCUCAUCCUGGACUUCCCCCAGAAAAUGACUGAGACUGUGGCAAGCCCGUACUACAAGCUGGUGAUCUACUGUUUGACGCGCAAGGCAUGGACAGUCAGGAAACACGCGAUCAGCUCCACCAAUCGGCUGCUCUCCCUGCUGGGCGGGGCCCAGGUAUCGCUCUGUCUCAUCAGGGAGUUCAACACUCUACUUCAUGCACAGAAGCUGUCUGACUUCCAGAACUUCCAGAUGGCGGAAGACGACAACCGUGAGGGCGCAGGAGACAGCGCUGUCAUCCUCACUCCCAGAAUCCUCUCAGAUGCUCUAAUCACCAUCUGCUCAGUGCAGAAAGCUGAUGUUAAGGAGGCGGAGUCUAUUGCCUUGGCAACGCUACUGACAGCCCAUCAUCCUUACAUAGCACAUGCCAAUUCCUGCGCGUGGGUGGAUAUUCUCAGAAAGCUGAAUGUUGACGCAGCCAACUUCGUCCGCUGCCACAUCAAGGAUUGUCUCAACCUGGUCCAAACCAACGAUAAUCCCUCGGAGAGCGUGUGCAAUACGGUGAGCACACUGGCAUUUGUGGAGCCGGCUGCCAUCUUGCCACCGCUGCUGCGUUACGUCCUUGAGAUUCUUGGGAAUUCGGAUCUAACGCAGGUCACUCAGACCGAAUUCAAGAUCUUCCUCACUCCUGACGGUCAGCUGUACGACAACUCCAUCAUUGAGAGUGCCAUGAAGUCUGAGACAAAGGAGACCAACAUUAAGCGAGAGAACCGUCUGUACUCCCACAAGGAACAGAUGGCAGAGUUGGAGCUGCGGAAGGAACUGGAAAAGAAAAAGGGGAAGAAGGACUCCGGACCAAAACUGACCAAGAAACAGGAAGAGAUGGUCGCUGCACAGAAAGAGAAGGAGGCUGAGAUCAGGAACAGGCUGCGAGGGCUUGAUACAACACUCCAGUGUGCCUGCAGCUUAGUGAUGGCUGCUGUCAAGGGCAACAAGUCUUCAUUCUGCGUCUACAUGAAGGACAUCUGUGCGUUGUUGUCUCCCUUGCUUCAGUCCCCCCUGGCAGCUCCGAGGGCUAGUCAAGUAUUUGUGGAUCUCGGCCAGGCGGCAUUCCAAGAUGAACUUCAAGGUAUUGUUGUGAGCAACGUGACCCUCAGACAGUUGGAGCCAGUGUGUGAUAUCUCUGUUAGCUGGACUCAUGAACCACGUGCUGAGCAAGCAGCCCGUGUGGUCCAGCUGCUGCACCGUACGGCCGACCUACAUGUGGUGCCGGACGAGAGGGAGCAGUCAUUGUUCCCGGCCUGUACAUUUGCUUUUAUUUAUUACUUGGUGUGGAGUGUGCUGAGGAAGGGAGGGGCUGCUGUGGCGGGAGACGAGGGUGUUUGUGCCCUUGCGUUACAGCUCAUUACUGAGCAUGCCCGGAUGAGGAAGGUUGGAGAGGACUGCGACACGUGUGGGGAAGAGUACGACCCGAGUCAGCUCCCUCUGAGGCAGCUGCUGGAGCUGUGUCUGCAGGUUGUGGGCACGAUGCCAGGGAGUUCACAGCAGCACGCCACGCAGGCCUUACGGGAGCUGGCCUGUUGCAGCAACGGCGACACGGGCUGUGCCACAGUCAGCAAGGAGGAGAUCACAGUCCUGCUGGAGGGGCUACAGUCACCCUGCACUGCUGUCCGGGAUGCCUCGUUACAGUGCUUACAAGCUCUGGAGACUGUCCUGCCAAACAUAGAUGACAGCUUUGAUCUUGGACUGAAUAUUGCCAAAAGAGUGUGGGUUGCGUCAAAUGAUGUUGAAGACCAUGUGAAGAGAUUAGCAGAAAAACUGAAGGAAGAUCUAGAUCUGGAGGAGCCAUACGAGGAGUUGAGCAGUGCGUUAGUGGAGGAUGUUAUCCAUGACGAGGCAGUGAUCCGCCGUGCCGCUGCCGAGACACUGGCCCAAGUGCUGGAGGUUCACCGGGAAUUUGUCCCUCCCACAGUGCAACUCUUGCUGCAGAAAUACGAGGACAAGUUAUUUAUGCCGCCUCCGCAGCUGGACCAGUUCGGGCGGUUAGUCGAGGAACAAGCCCCAGACUUGUGGCACGCCAGGUCGGGUAUCGCUCUCGCCCUCCACAAGAUGGCAGCACUAGUCCCGCAGGACAGCAUCUCCGAUCUGUUCGACUUCUACGUUCCUAACGCUCUCGGGGACAGGAACCCUGACGUCCGCUCCCAGAUGCGAGAUGCAGCACUGUCCUGUGUCAACACCCACGGCAAGGAGAACGUGAAUGUGUUGUUGCCAGUGUUUGAGAACUUCAUGGCGAAUGCGCCCGACACCGCCCAGAACGACACAGUCCGACAGAGCAUCGUCAUCCUCAUGGGAACGCUGGCCAAGCAUCUGGACUCGGACAACCCCAAAGUCAAACCAAUAGCUGCCCAGCUGAUCAGCGCCCUCUCUACCCCGUCACAGGAGGUGCAGGAGGCUGUGGCCAACUGUCUGCCCCCCCUGGUGCCAUCCAUCAAGCAGGGUGCCCCCGACCUGGUGCAGCGGCUGUUGCAUCUGCUGCUGGAGUCGGACAACUACGGCGAGCGCCGCGGGGCUGCCUACGGCCUGGCCGGUCUCAUCAAGGGGAUGGGACUGCUGGCCCUGAAGCAACAACAGAUCAUGGACACGCUGACGGCAGCCAUUCAGGACAAGAAGAACCCACGCAAGAGGGAAGGUGCCCUCUUUGCCUUCGAGAUGCUGUGUAAUAUGCUGGGGCGGCUGUUUGAGCCCUACAUCGUGAACAUCAUCCAGCACCUGCUGCUGUGUUUCGGAGACAGCAACCAGUAUGUGCGGGAGGCAGCGGAUGACUGUGCGAAGGCGGUGAUGCGGAACCUGAGUGCCCACGGUGUGAAGCUGGUGCUGCCGGCGCUGCUCAAUGGCCUGGAGGAGGACCAAUGGCGGACGAAGACAGGGUCGGUGGAGCUGCUAGGUGCCAUGGCCCACUGUGCCCCCAAGCAGCUGUCGGCGUGCCUGCCCAACAUCGUGCCCAAGCUGACGGAGGUGCUCACAGACUCACACAUCAAGGUGCAGAGGGCGGGCUCACAAGCUCUCAUGCAGAUCGGGUCCGUCAUCAGGAACCCUGAGAUUCAAGCUAUUGUGCCCGAACUGAUUGACGCCCUUCAGGACCCGACCAAGAAGACCACGCCCAGUCUUCACAUCCUGCUCAACACCAAGUUUGUCCACUUCGUUGACGCUCCGUCGCUGGCCCUCAUCAUGCCGGUCAUCCAGCGAGCGUUCCAGGACCGGACGACGGACACCAGGAAGAUGGCUGCACAGAUCAUGGGCAACAUGUAUUCUCUCACGGACCAGAAGGACCUCUCACCGUACCUGCAGUCGGUGAUUCCUGGACUCAAGCAGUGUCUGCUGGACCCCGUGCCGGAGGUGCGGAGCGUGUCGGCCCGCGCCCUGGGAGCCAUGGUGAAGGGGAUGGGGGAGACCAUCUUCGAGGAGCUUCUGCCCUGGCUCAUGGAGAACCUCGUGUCAGAACAGAGCUCCGUCGACAGAUCUGGUGCUGCACAAGGUCUGAGCGAGGCCAUCGGCGGCAUGGGACUGGACAAGCUGAAGAAGCUGAUGCCCGGCAUCAUAGAGACUGCGGAGAGAGACGACAUCGCGCCCUUCGUCAGAGACGGAUACAUCAUGACCUACAUCUAUCUGCCCACAACAUUUGGCAGAGAUUUUGCGAUAUUCGUAGGCCCUAUUCUACCAUCCAUCUUGAAGGCUCUUGCAGAUGAAAGUGAGUAUGUACGUGACACAGCUUUGCGGGCUGGCCAGAGAAUCAUCACGCUGUUCGCUGACACCGCCAUCUCACUGCUGCUGCCAGAGAUCGAGAACGGACUGUUUGCUGACAACUGGAGGAUCAGAUUCAGCUCAGUACAGCUCCUUGGGGACCUGCUCUACAAAAUAUCAGGUGUCUCCGGCAAGAUGUCCACGGAGAGCGCAGGGGAGGAUGACAACUUCGGUACAGAGACAUCACAGCAGGCUAUCACCAAAGCCCUCGGUGUGGAGAGACGGAACAGAGUGUUGGCAGGGCUGUACAUGGGCCGGUCGGACACGGCACUCCUGGUGCGGCAGUCAGCACUCCAUGUCUGGAAGGUGAUCGUCAGCAACACUCCGAGGACACUCCGGGAGAUUCUGCCGACCCUCUUCUCUCUCCUGCUGGGUUGUCUAGCAAGUACCAGCCACGACAAGAGAACGGUGGCGGCCCGCACUCUGGGCGACCUGGUGAGGAAGCUGGGUGAGCGUGUCCUGCCAGAGAUCAUCCCCAUCCUGGAGCGGGGUCUGGACUCCGAGGAGGAAGACCAGCGGCAGGGAGUCUGUAUCGGCCUCAGCGAGAUCAUGGCCUCCACAAGCAGAGACCACGUGUUGGUGUUUGCAGACAGCCUUGUCCCCACGGUGCGCCGCGCACUGUGCGACUCACUCCCUGACGUCAGAGAGGCUGCCGCCAAAACCUUCGACAACCUCCACACCAACAUCGGAACACGAGCCCUGGACGAGAUUCUCCCUGCUCUACUUAAACAACUGGACAACCCCUCUCAGGAGGAGGCAGCGCUGGACGGUCUGAAGCAGGUCAUGACAGUCAAGAGCAGAGUUGUCCUUCCUUACCUCAUACCCCAGCUGAUCAGUCCCCCAGUGAACACCAAGGCUCUGUCACUGUUGACGUCAGUUGCCGGGGACGCGCUCACACGCCACCUCGGCAAGAUUCUCCCAGCACUGAUGACAGCCCUCAGUGAGAAGGCCGGAACACACGAGGAGGAACAGGAAUUAGGCUACUGUAGGACCGUCGUUUUGUCAGUGGAGGAUGAGGUCGGCGUUCGGACCAUUAUGGAGGACCUUCUCAGUGCCAGUCAGAUGUCUGAUGCCAAAAUGUGCGCCUCUGCUGUCACCAUCCUCCACGCGUUCUGUAAACAGACGGAACUCGACUUCUCGGAAUAUGUGCCCCAGCUUCUGCGUGGACUUAUAUAUUUGUUUACCCGCUCCGAGGAUACUAUUCUCCUGGCGGCCUGGAACUGCUUGGAUGCUGUUACCAAAAAACUAGACACGUCAGAAAUGCUCCAACACAUCGCUGACGUGCGGACGGCUGUCCGGUUUGCUGUGUCCGACUUCAAGGACACCAAUCUUCCUGGCUUCAGCAUUCCAAAGAAGGGAAUCACACCAGUCUUGCCAAUUUUCCGGGAGGGGAUUCUGAAUGGGUCCCCAGACAUGAAGGAGGCUGCCGCCAUUGGCCUCGGGGAGGUCAUCAACCUCACCAGCCCAGAGGCUUUGAAGCCCUCCGUCGUCAACAUCACGGGCCCACUCAUCCGUAUCCUUGGUGACCGCUUUGCAUGGCAGGUCAAGGUCGCUGUCCUUGAAACCCUCACACUUUUGCUGGGCAAGGUGGGAAUGAUGCUGAAGCCCUUCCUGCCGCAGCUGCAGACGACGUUCUUAAAAGCCCUGAAUGACCCGAACAGGUCAACCCGUCUGAAGGCGGCGGCUGCCCUGGGCAAACUGAUAGUCAUACACACGCGUACAGACCCACUGUUCACUGAGCUGCACACCGGGAUUCGUAACACCGAGGACACCAGCGUCAAAGAUACGAUGCUGCAAGCCUUAAGGUUCUGUCUGGCUGGCGCAGGGAGCAAGAUGACAGAGAAUAUCCGCAAGCAGCUCACCUCAACGCUGAGUGGAAUGCUGGGAAGUGGAGAGGACAGUACUAGGACGGUGGCGGCAGGCUGUAUGGGGCAGCUGUGUAGCACGCUCGGGGAGGUCGAGCUGGGAGCUGUCAUGUUGGACUAUUUGUUGGAGGUUGGUGCUAGUCUGGAUUGGCAACUGCGUCAUGGUCGAAGUGUGGCCCUAGGCGUGGCUCUCAAGACAUGUCCCGACAAAAUCCUCACCCCACAGUACCUGAAGAGCGUCACCAAGGUCGUGAUGGACUUAGCCAGUGCCGACAGAAUUCCGAUCUGCCAGAGCGGACUGCGAGGGAUCGCCUACAUGCUUCAACACCAGAGUCAGACAGGGGAGAUAACUCCAGAGCUACUAGCAGCUCUUAUCAAGGGGAUGAAACACGACUCCAACGAUGUGAAGCAGCUAGUAGGCCGGGUGGCAACGUUCCUGGCCCAGUCCCGGGGGGAGCCGCUCCCCCAGACCGUGGUCAAGCCCCUCAUCCCCCCACUCGUCAACGGCACCAAGGAGAAGAACACAAUGGUCCGUGCCAGCAGUGAGUUCGCCCUGGUUGCCCUGCUGCACUUGAGAGAAGGGGAGGCGGUGCUGCAGAGUGCCCUGAGUUGCUUGGAGGCGGGGAUGCAGGACUCCCUGAAGGAAACGGUCAACAAGACGUUGAAGAAACUAGCAGGACAACAGCAACAUGGAGGCAAGGAGGACAUCGAUGACACCUUCCUCACCUAGCACUGCCCACGGACACUGUGACAAACCCAUUCCACAUCUACCCUCCAGGAUCUUACACUGACGCUGAUGACACUUCACAGUAGCGGAAGAAUCAUGGGGAGUUUUAACGUUGUACCAUCUUGGAGUGAUUCAGAGAACGACUUGAAAUGAGCAACACUUUUCUAGCGAGGGGCAGGGAGGAUGCCAAGUUACCAUAUGUUGAAAAGUAUUGACUGUAGAGUCACAGAAAGUUGUGACUCUUUCAACAGGGAUGACUUGUAUACCAGUAUGCUGUGAAGGGACUGAUGGUGAACAUGGGCUGGUUUAUGAAGGUUAGGAUGUAAGAACGCGAAGUUGUUAAGCAUGUUCAAAUGCUGAAUGUGAUUUGUUAAAUGGGUAGAAUCACACUGCAUGUAUUUUGGAUCAAUUGUUUUGUUGUUUACAUGUUUGGUUUGUUUUUCUUGUUUCAUGGUAAGUAAAAGAUUUCACAUGAGAUUACUAUUGAACAGGACGCUAUGCUGGACUAUAUAUGUCCUGUUUAAACUGACUCUCACCCAGCUAUAUUUGUGCUUUAACUUUUAAAGAAUACACGGAAACAAUGGUCAUCAGUUGAGUGGUCACGUGACACGUCACAUGACUCGUCACAUGACUCAAUGCUAGUGUCAGUUCUAAAUGAUCCUCGUAUUGUUGUGACCAGUCACUUGCUUGUACCUUGAUUAUCAUGAAACAUAUUUUUCAUUAUGAGACUUAAUAAAUGAGAGAAGAAUUUCUUCCUGAAGACCUUUUUAAGAUGUUGCCUUUGCCAGUGCUGGUAUGACCCCUCAUGUAAAUUAAGACAGGGCCAUUAGGUUCAACAUGUACAUUAUCAGAUGAGAUCAUCUUUGAGAGGUUGUCAAAAGGUGUUCUCAUACUUUGUAAUUUGAAAACUUGCAGGGCUAUUAAUUACUAAGAUAAAUAACACCUAUAGAAAAUGGAACUUGACUUAUUUCAACUUGGACAUGUAAAGAUCAAUAGCAGCCUACUUAGGAGGAUGUAUCUACAUAUACUACUGAAUUCUGGCAAGGAGAGAUGAGUAUGACCAGAAUCAGACAGGACAUUUUUAACUUGGUUAUUGCUACGUGUUUCAACUGCAAGGUGUACACAGAGUGUUGUGUUGAAAGCUGCUAUCAUCCAAAGUAUCAGUUCUACGUGAAUGGGAAGACUUGUGUGUGUGACACAGAUUUGGUGCCCUGUGAAUGUUCAGGCAUGGCAGCACCACGUAUAAUGGUGCUGGAAUGUUGAGAAAAUGUGUAAUUAAAUAUCUGUAUCUUUA